AUGGCAGCGCAGGAGGCCGCCGCGGGCGGCGGGGUCCCGCAGCAGGUGGUAACGCGGUGGCGGUACGGGGACGUGGGCGACAGCAACUUCGCGGUGCACGGGCGCGCGGUGCCGCUGCUGGUGGGCCUGCUGUGCGCCGUCGUCUUCUUCGUCGCGCUCUGCCUGUACCUCCGCUGGAGGUGCCACCGCUACGCGCCCGCCGAUGACCCGGAGGCGGCUGACGCCUCGUCCUCGUCGGCGGCGGCGGCGUCGCUGCCCGGCCUCGACGCCGACGCCAUCCGCGGGCUGCCCGUCACGCUGUACCGCCCGCCUGCGGUGGUGCCGCCGCGCUGCGCCGUCCCCGGGGAGGAGGCCGAGGCCGAGGCCGACGACGACGACCAGGCGGCGGAGGCGCUGUGCUCCAUCUGCAUCAGCGCGCUGGUGGCCGGCGAGAAGGUGAAGGUGCUCCCGCCGUGCGGCCACUGCUUCCACCCGAACUGCGUCGACGCCUGGCUCCGGUCCCAGCCCAGCUGCCCGCUCUGCCGGUGCCUCCUCCUCGCCUCCGCCGCCGCCGCCAAGGCCGAUGCCAACGACGCCGUGUGA